AUGGCGACGGAACACUCUCUCGCUGCUCUCUUGCGGUCGCUUCAAUCGACAUCGGAGCUUCGAGACGCUAUCAAUCUUCUCCCCACUGCGACCAGUCUUCUAAGUCUCCUGGGAAAUCCCCUUAAUAUCACAUUGCUUGCCUCGCAAUUGCUAUCCGCCCCUGCGAUAUGGGAACAGCCUGUUGACCUACAGGCAUGUCGACGAAUCAUCAGUGUCUUCAAUACAGCGGCCAUUGCGAUAUUACAAAACGAUGAGCCGGCGGAACCUAGAUUACCAUACGUGAAACCGAGGAAGAUUGAACGCGAAGAUUGGGUGAAAGCAGUCGUGAGCGGAGCGGAUGAGAAAUCACCACGUUGGAGACAUUUACUCUUAUUGGGUGGUAUUCUGAUCGGAUUUGAAGGUCAGAACAGACAGAGCCUACCGUGGGGAAUACGUACGAAACUCGAGUCGGCACUCGUCACGGCUGCGCAACUUGCACUUGAGGAGCUGGAUUCCCGAGACGGCAUCGAUGCGCAGUGUAUCACUUUGGUCCUGAAUCAUACUUUUGAGCUUUUGUCGGAUCACGAGAGGAGCAAAAUCAGCUACGACCUCUUGCUCCCUGUUUUGAUACAAACUACAUAUUUCUCUCCCGAGGGUCUAGAAGGAGGAUAUUUUCUCGGAACCAUUGAUAAGGAUAUUGUUGAAGCACCGGGGAAGCGUUUUCAGUGGUCAUCGCAGUCGGUCACUUUCCGUCGGGUGACGGGAAUCAUCUCGAGUCCUCUGAUAUCAGCUUUGGGCCCCUUGUCGCGACUGAUUGCGCAUUCAGUUGAAAAUGCCAGCGAUCCCACUUUCGUUUCUCAAUCUGUGGAUCAGAUUGCCCAUUUUGGUCGCACGCUAAUGGUCCAAUGGCGCCAGAACAAAUUAUCUGAAAUCGAUGCAUCUGAAGAACUCGAGUUUCUGGAUCCUGAGUCACUCAAGUCUACUAUUCCAAGCCUGUGGAAGCUACUCCGCAACUGCCUAUAUUCUGUUGUGAUUGUUCUCCGCGCCGUCCUGGGAAGGGUACUCAACGAUCACAUACUUGCAGCUGAUAGAACUGCACCCUACCUUUCAAUGCAAGCUCUCCACAUCCUCCGCAACUUUUACUUUGUCUCAUCUCGGCUUGGUCAAAACGCAUCUUCGCAACACACGUUCGUGACCCUCACGGCGGUGGAUAUCCUUUCGCAGUAUCCGGACCUGGCCGAGAAUUUCCUACAGAGUGUCAAACCAAGCGAGCUUGGUCAAAUUCCACUGCACCCCAUUGAGCGCUGUCUGGAUCUCUGUUUUCUGAAUACCGCCGAGCUUUUCACUCCUGUUUUGUCUCCGAAAUGCAGUGAGGAGCUUCUAAUCUCUGCAACACUCCCGUAUCUCGCAGCAGGCGGGAAUAACCAUUUGCUCGAGAUUUUCGAGGCCGCUCAUAGUGUGGCUCUUGCUGUCUUUGCGAUUCCGGGGAAUGCAGCCAUAGCAGCCCGGCAUCUUCCUUUCUACAUCGAUAAUCUCUUUGCUGUCUUCCCUGACAAUCUAUCCGCCCGCCAAUUCCGCCUUGCCUUCAAGACCGUCAUUCAGGUGACAGCCCCUCCGUCACUCGUAGCAAAUAGUCAGCCGUUGCUGCCCUCUAUACUCCUCGAAGUUCUACACGAAAGAGCUCUAAACGCAUCCGACAAGAUGCUCCCGCAAUCCACGCAAGGAGCAGCAAGUGCUCAGGGCCUGUCCCCGCCAGUUUCCGAGCAAGCUGCCUUGAUCCUCGCUUUGAUAGACAGCCUCUGUUUUCUGCGAGUGGAGGACCUCGAGGAAUGGCUGCCACUGACCGCGAAUCUUAUUCACACGAUCCGCACACCAGAGAUGCGUGAAAUGUGCAUUGAGCGCUUCUGGGAAGCGUUGAGUAGUGGUGAGAUGGAUGUCGAACGUGCCCAUUACUGCGUCACCUGGUGGAGUACAAGAGGUGGUCGUGAACUUGUUCUUUUCGGGAAUACAGCUCCAGAUGUCGACUCGGGAAGUCAUGCAGAGGGCGCCUACAUGAGCGGUGCAGUUGGGGGAGUAGCACCGGAGAGCAAACUUUAG